UGGGGGGUCGGAGCGGGGGCCGGUAAACAGGGACAGCUCUAUAAAUCAGAACCACCGUGCAGCAGCAGCAGCACCCACAGCUACCAGCACCUCCAACGCCCACGCUCUCUCUGCGACUCGGGGACGAUGGCGCGCGUCUCCGCUUCCCUGCAUCUUGCUCUGCUGCUGAUGGUGCUGCAGCUCCUGAUGCUGUCACUGUCGGCCGCGGCUGAUAAACCUGGCUCCUGCCCAAAGCAGCGGCCUGGCACCAUCGGCAUCUGCGUCAACCUCUGCGAAGACGACGACAGCUGCACAGGAGAGCAGAAAUGCUGCAGCAACGGCUGUGGCCGUACCUGCAUGGAGCCCGUGCGGCCAGUGAAACGCAAGCCCGGAUUUUGUCCGUAUGUCAACGCCCAGCUCAUCAAAUGCGCGUACCGACCCGACCUCAACCGAUGCCAGCAGGACUGGCAGUGCCCCGGUAAAGAGAAGUGCUGCAGCUCCGGCUGCCUGAUGAUCUGCAGAAAGCCAGUGAAGGUCGGAUCGUGCCCGGUGGAGGACACCUACUGCAUCGCCAGACAAGGGGAUGACGAGGAGGAGGAUUGCGCUGACGACACCGACUGCCCCGGCGACAAGAAGUGCUGCAGCCUCGCGUGCGGGAUUCGCUGCUUGGAUCCAGAGCCAUGUUCAGUGGUAAAGCCCGGUUCGUGCCCCAUCCGGGACUACUCUCAGAUCAAGUGCUUGCACUACCAACACGACUGCAGUGGCGACGUUGACUGCCCCGACAAUGACAAGUGCUGUCGUGUCGAGUGUGGAACUGGCUGCGUGGAUCCAGAUAUUGGGUGGGGGCCAGGUGGGCGAGGGCAGCGCUAUAAAGCAGAGCCACGGCACAGCAGCGGUAAAGCCACUGCCUCCAAGCCACGCUCCACCCUGCGACUGGCGAUCAUGGCGCAGUGGUUCGCGUCCCCACAUCUUGCCCUGCUGCUGCCGCUGCUGCAGCUGCUGCUGUCACCAUCGACUGUUGCCAUGAAGCUCGGCUCCUGCCCUACGCCGCCCCCUGACGCCGUGGGGACGUGCGACGAGGCGUGCACGGACGACGAGAGCUGCCCCGGGGAGCAGAAGUGCUGCAGCAACGGCUGUGGCCACGGCUGCGUGGAGCCACUCGCACUGCACCCCGUGGACCCGCUCCCAGACAAGCCCGGCGAGUGUCGCUACGUCAACACCGCGCUCGUCCGCUGCUCCAUCAAAGCCGCCAUCGACGAUUGCAAGCAGGACUGGCAGUGCCCGGGCAAGCAAAAGUGCUGCAACGCGGGGUGCAAGUUGAAGUGCAACAAACCAGUCAAAAACAAGCACGGAUUUUGUCCGUAUGUCGACACCAGGCUCAUCAAAUGCGCGUUCCGGCCCGACCUCAACCAAUGCCAACAGGACUGGCAGUGCCCCGGCAAAGAGAAGUGCUGCAGCUCUGGCUGCGCGUUGAUCUGCACUCAGCCAGUGAAGGCUGGGUCGUGCCCGGUCCGGGACUUCUCGGCCAUCGUCUGCAUCCGCUAUAACGACGGCUGCAGGAGUGACGACGACUGCCCUGGCAAGCAGAAGUGCUGCAGCGUCCCGUGUGGGGUUGGCUGCGUUGCUCCAGAGCCGGUGAAGGACCAGAUCGGAAAGGAGGUGGAGUCUGACGAAGAGGAGGAGUAGAGUCCACGCCCAGCAGCUCCACGUGGUUUUUGUUGUUCUUAUUCACGCUGCAGAGCGUCUAUCGUUUGGUUUCUGGGGCUUCACGAUGACGCGACCGAGCUCGCUCGCGCCGGCUGUCUGGAUGCAGCCGCUCGCGAUGGCAAUCCAACAGCUCCCAUUGGCUGUCCAAUAAAAAUGCUUUGUGCUGAAUGCUG